AUGGAAAUCUUUGACCAACGUACUGUCAUUUUACUCGAUUGUCACCCUGAUACGCGUACUGUAGUCUUGAGUGGGCCUGAAGAUAGUGAUAAAGCCAAUUGUUCGAUAUGGAGCUGUUUCGUGGAAGCUACGCUAGAAUAUUGUCGAAUUAUAUUUGAUCUAUCUGAGGUCAGCGCAAGUCAAACAUUGGUAUCUGUACAUGUCGCUGGCUUACCAGAAGGACGAAACGUGCUUAACAAAUGGGAUGAACAGAAUUUGAACCAGAUAGCAAAUAGUUUUUCAUACAUAUCACCACAAUCGGUUGCAGUGUCUCCGUUGCGGAUGCCAAUAGCCUUAGAAAAUGCGUUGAUAUCUUUAGAAAAAUCUAGUUCGAAAAAUCUCAAAACUGUUCGAUUUGUGCUCGUAAUAAUGGGGAAAGGGGGUAACGAAACAGGGUUCAAUUAUCAUGAAACUCGCGAGCAAAAGAUUCCAAAGGAUCUUCGACAGAUGAUCCUAACUACAAUCGAAAAAUUAGAACGGGAACAAUUAAAGUCAUUUAACAGUAUCAUCGAGCACUGUCAUUUUGAUAUUCUGCGAGCAAUCCCUCCAUAUGGCAAUAUGAUUGACGAUAUUCCCAGAACAAUGUUAACCAAUAAAAUCUCAAUAUCCGUAUAUAACAUAUCAACAAUGCGAGACUCGUUAACUCGUGGCAUGAUCCAUCUAGCUCAAAUUCAUCGAAGACUAAAUUGCUUAUAUUUAUAUGGGAUUCCAAUGAAAAAAACUUCACAAAACAUGAAAUUGACAUGCGAGGUCGAAAUACUGUAUCCCGCUGGCCAUCAUAUAAUAUUUAGUGAUAAUAGACCCGAAGGGUUAAAAAAGAAACGUAUUUUUGAACGAGGAUAUUUGAUUGAACGCCAAACUAACGUUAAAUGGUGUAAGAGAAAGGGAUAUGAAUUAGAUUCACUAGUCACGAGAUGCAUGCAUCCUAUCACCACCCUUGAUUCCAGCCAUUCACCAUCCUCUGUAUUAAUUCAAAGCCUGCUAAGUGGAUCGAUAAAACUAUUUACGACGUAUUCAACUCAAUCCGGCUACGAUCCUACGGUUGCUGAAGAAUAUUUGUUUCCUUUAACGCACAUGUUAUCGUGUCUUGAUGGAACGUUAUACCUUCAUUGUCUGUCACAUUCCGACGAGGGAAAUACUUUAAAAAACGACCUGUUAAAUAAAACACUUCCGCGAGAACUUCAAUCGAUCGUUGUGACUCAAAAAGAUUAUCCAGAGUCGGUACUUAAGGAAUUUGAUCAAGUAUUUAUCCAUCCCAAUAUUUUGAAUUUCGGGUAUAAUGAGUCUCUUCUAGCUCAAAAUACCGGUACUUUUCCUGCGUCCGGUACCGGUAAUAAUCAAUUCGAGAAGAUCGAAAUGGUAUCGACAUUAUCAUUACCCUCAUCGCUAAAAAACGUGCAAAGUUCAUACGCGUGGAAUUGGGAAUCAAGAUGGUGGAAAAGUUUAUUAACGAAAAGCGGAGAUAAUGGAAUGUCUGCUGUGAAAGAGGAAACCGAUAUUUUGAGAAAUUUGAAAGGCCUGAAAAAUUUGAUUUGUACACCUGAUCCAGUUGAUAAUUUUGCCGAGAUCCUGAAUAAAAUUUUGGAAAAUCUUUUUGCGACAACGAAGAAAGGAGUAGGAGUAGGCGAAUUUCAAAACCAAAAACUGGCUAACACUCUAUUGAUGCAAGUACGGACUAUCGCUAAUACAUUCAAAUCUGCUUCGACCAAGCAUCAAGAGGUUUGUUAUUCUCUAAUGAUUAGUGUAUUUUUAGUUGCUAUUGAAUCAACUGGAGCAUCUAAUUUAGAAUCCGAAGUUUCGCUAAGCUGGCAACAAGUUGAUCAGUACAAAAAUAUGACUGUACGAGAACACCAAGAUUUCAUGGACGUUUCUUCGUCAUCAUCCUCAAGUCAAAGUUACGCAAGUGCAAGUCAACAACAACAAUCGUCCACUGCUACUACUAGUAAUAGUAGUGGACGAUUCAAUAAAUCCGGCUAUCACCCCGAUUACUUUUUCCACAAGCCGCGAGGAGGGAAUGCUCAAGCAACUAGUGGCGGUGGUGUAGGUAAUCGACGCGGUUAUCAAGGAAAAACCGGUGGGAUUUAUACGCCCAACGAAGAACUACAACAAUCAUCAUCUUCAACCUCCCGAAUCAUUCCCACACCGUAUCUUGCUUACGAUCAAGUAACGCAAAGAGAUGUUGUGUUAGAACGGGAAAAAUAUAAAAAUCGGUUGGGCGAUGAAAAUUGCUUGUUUCAUCAGUAUUGGACAUAUAAAAAAUAUAAAGAUGAUCAUGAUGAUGGUAACGAUCAAGAAGCUUCUAGACGUCGGCUUUUCGCUGCUCGGAUACCAGAAAAUUCUUUGUGA